AUUAAAACCGUUUCAGAUCAAUGGACCACUUCCACAUGCACGUGUAUUGAUCAACCUAAGUAGAGGUUCUUUGUGGUCUCCCUUUUUCCUUUCUCUUCUCUCCCCCCCCUCCUUCCGACCAUCGAUCUCUCUCUCUCAGACACACACACACACCAGUGGGACAUUUACACCCACAGAAUGGCUGAUGUUCGCGCCCUUCUCGCUGCCGAGCGGCAAUCUCGCCGCAUCACACACCCACAUCUCACGUACACAAAGUCCGGCAUGUUGAUAUGUUCGAUAUGUAACAUGAAUGUCAAGUCCGAGGCAUUGUGGGAAGGACACCUCAAGUCUGCGAACCACCGAAAAAACGCACACGCCCACGCUCAAGCGCAGGCACAGACGGCGUCGUCCCAAGGGCAAGAGAAGAGUAGUGGUACAAAAGGAACGAAACGAAAAAUCGAAGAUGUGGACGACGAGCCACAAGAUGAACGAGACGAUGCCGAGGUCGAGACCAGGAAAAAGGCCAAAUCAAGGCCGGAAAGUCUAGUUUCAGAACCUACCAGUUCGACUGCGACUGCGACUGUGACCUCCACAAACGGAACUGUCCAGAAGAAAUCUACGACCAAAGAGGUGACGACGAAGCCUGAAGAGUUGCAACAAUUACGACAACCUGAAGUAUCAACAUCAGUUCCUGUACCUCCACCAACAAAGACAGAACCACCCGCCGCCGCCACCACCACAACCGGCAACGAUUCCACGGCGGACGUAGACGAGGAUGAAUGGGCGGCCUUUGAAAGGGAAGUGGCACCUCUCGCAGCGGCAGAGUCGGCAGCUCCGGCAAGAGUACCGGACUAUUCCUCGGCCACGAUCACGGCGGCGCCCGUGACGGCGGAACAGCUCAGGCGACAAUCCGACGAAGACAAACAACGGAGGUUGGAAUCAGCGGCGGACGACGAGAAAGAAGACGAGGAGCGAAGGUUGGAGGAAGAGUUUGAGGUCAUGGAGGAGAUGGAAGAGCGUGUGCGCAAGUUGAGAGAGAAGAGGGACGCAUUGAGACAAGCGGCGCAGUCACAACAGACUGGUGCCGAUACGGGACAAGAAGUUCCCUCGACCACCGUCCCACCAGAGGAGACGGACGGUGUGAAUGGAGGAGAGGAUGGCCAGGUGGUUGACAAACCUACGCAGGUACAGGUUCAGGAAGAUCGCGAAGGUGAAGGUGGAGAAGAAGAUGAUGAUGAUGAUGAUGACGACGACGAUGAUGUUGACGACUGGUAUUCGUGAUUUGUGUAAUGGUCGUUACUAUCUGAUUCAUCAAGCCUUGAAGUCCGAGUCCAAUAAGAUACCCCAACAACUUUGGUUUUCUCUCUUCUUCUGUCUCCGAAUUGAGAACCUGUCUAUGUUUUGAUACUCCUUCUCGUGAGUAUUAGAUCUACCUAAAAUCUAUCCAUAUCCAAAUGUCUCGUCGUAUCGGAAAAAAGUCGUCAUGAUGGUUGGAGAGAAAAAAAGAGACACACACCAAAAAAAAAGAAACGUCCGCCCGCGAAAAUAUAAGAUGGAAUGGUGUGUGCACAAUUCCAGUGGUUUUAGGCUUGGGUCCUCAGGUUCAAGAUAGAAAUCAAAAAUGAUCUCC